AUGCGCGGGGAUGACAUGGAGGGUAGCGCGGAGAGAUUCGGAAGGGCAGCCUACUUGAUCUUUGACACUGUCAAGGGGGCCUGUCAAUCUCCUACAUGCUAUAGCUCUGGGCUGGAGCUCCCCGCAGCUGGCUUCUCCGAGCUCGGAGUUGUCUUCACGGUUUCUUGGAUUACGAGGAAAUAUCUCCGUACAGGGUCUUCGGGCUUAGCUGCGGCAGUUUCGUCGCCGUCAACGGCAGUCUCGGUCUCGGUUCAUAGUGCUGAUCAAGUCGACGUCAAGACCAAGCUCAGGCCGCGUCUCGAGGAAGCAUGGAAGUGCUGUGCGGACGAGGUAACACAUUGA